AUGACGCGAGUAAUAGUUUGUCUGCAGAAGCUAGAAUAUCCCAGAUCACUGCAAAAACGCACGGUAGGACAAUGUACAUGUCCAGAUGGACAAAAUUGCGCAUGCGCAAAAGAAGGGCCAUCGAUAGAGGAUGUUAUAGAGGUUAUUGUAUCAAACGGACAAGAAGAUAUACCCGAGGUACCAGUUGGUAUUGAUCCGUCCAUUGCUAGAAUUCGUCAGGAACAGGUAGAGGAACAGACAGACGGUGAAAGAUCUGUGGUUAAUACACAACAUUUAAUUCCCAAGGAGAAAGGAACAGAGGAGAUUGGCCAUAGAUUGAUGGAGGCAAAGCGCAAUCUAGGAAACCAAGUAACACCAGGAAAUUCAAAUAAGGGAGAUAAACCCGGUUGUUUAUGUCCAGAAAAAGGAAAUGACGAAUGUGCUUGCCAAGAAGAAACUGUUGAUGGACAACAAAACCAAAAGAAAUCUAUAAUAGCAGUCAUUUAGGACAUUCUGAUCUCAUAGACAAACUAUUUUUUUAAUAGUACAUGUAACUAAGGAAUAUUAAAGAUAUGGUGGAGGGGAUUUUCCCCGGAAACUAGAAAGGAAUGAAAUAUACCGUUUCGAACCCAACAGAUUGUUUAGCGUAGUUUAUAACUACGAGAUGACCCCUAUAUUAGAAAAAUAAGCUCAGAUUAUUAGAAUAGUUUCAUAAAACAUAGCAAUUUAAAUAAAUAUCAAAAGGGGCUCAAAAUUUCAAACAAUCUAAUAUGGCAAGUUAUAGAUGAAGGUUUUUGUAUAAAGUUUCAUUACGCCAUCAUGCUUUA